GCUGCGAGAACCGGCAGAUAGAAAGGCGCAUAUAGAAAAGAAAACUGACCCUUUCAGGCUGAAACCGCAAGAAUCGGCGGACGCGCAGACAGACAGGGGCAGCAGAGACCCAUGGAGACGGCGAGAGAAGCAGCAGCGAGCAAAGUCGCCGCCGGAAGCAGCUGCGGAGGGGUGCCGGCGCCGGCAGGGGAGUACUGGAGCGAGGCCCUCAAGUCGUUCCUCGACCACAUCCCCAUCUCCUCCAUCCCCGGCGCGCUUCAGCCCACCGCCUCCCCAGCGGUGGAGAUCAAGCUCGAGGGCAGUGUCUUGGACGCCAUCGGCGCCAUGUACGGCGGCAACGCCGCGGGCGCAGUGAUCGUCGACGAGGUGCAGAGCAGUUUCGGGAAGUACGUCGACCGCGACAUCGGCUUCGUUGAGUUCUCGAGCAUAGUCUUAUGGGCUCUUGAGGAACUUGGCAAAGUGGAGCAUGAACCAAAAGACAGUAGUUCGGACUUCCUCUCAAGUCUGAAACAGCAUCCUCAGAUUGCAGAAACGAAGAUUGCCUGGUUAGCAAAGCUAUUCCUAUGGGAGCCCUUCUUCCCUGUUCGAACCCAUGACACGCUCUUUCACGCAAUGCUUCUCUUCUCAAAACACCACAGGCUCAACGUGGUACCUGUUGUUGAGUUGAUGAACUCAAAUGCUAUUGGAUUUGUCACUCAGAAUGCAGUGAUGGAGUUGCUUCUCCAGUCAAGUGGCCUUGAGUGGCUCGACAAAAUUGCAGAUCGACAGCUUUCUGAAUUUAGGUUUGCAAGUGUGAGGAAGCCUGUUUUGGUGUACUCGGAUCAGACUCUUGCUCAUGGGCUUCACGUUCUCUCAAGGGAAAAAAUGGGAGUUGCAGUCAUUGACAGGAAAACCAGCUGUCUUAUUGGAUCAAUACAGUGCAGUGAUCUCUACCUGCUUCUGGAUAAUAGCUCCCUUUUCAGAAAGAGAACGAGCAUAAGUAUGGAAGAAUUCAUCAACUUGAACAACAAGACCGACGACAAACACAGCAAUGCUGAAAAUCCAUCUGCAUGUGAGGGUCAAAACAUCCUCGCUCUCAGAAACACCGGGCAGCGGAGCACGGGCCUGCCAGUCACCAACCUGAAAUCCGACACCCUGAAGCAAGCUAUGGAGAAACUGACAGCUUCAAGGAGCAGCUUCAGCUUCAUCGUCGAUGAGCAGGGGCACAUGGAAGGAAUGGUGACGACGAGGGAGAUCAUCUCCGUGUUCUCCCCGCCGUGCAUGGACUCGAGAAUUGACGGGGGCACCUUCUUCUCGGCUGCGCUUGAGCAGGUUGGCUGCCGUGUUGAGAAUGGGCAGAUGAUCCAGAACUCCUAGUCUUUAAGAACCUGAUUCUGUGGGGCUUGUUGCAGUAUCAAACGAUGAAUUUUGUGCACUUUGCCUGUUCUCCGAGUUGUACUCGAGGUUAGUCAUGAUCUGUGAAAAAAUCUUGCUCCGGCCAUGCAGGAUGAUCAAAUCGUUGAGCCACCUUCCUUGAUCUAACUCGACCGGGUAGGGUACGACGGCUUCAACCGUUUUCCAUUAAGAGGAAGCAAUCGGGUAGGUUUAAGGUUGA